AUGAAGUUCGUGGAACCAUUGACUGAAAACAUUUACUGUGACGAUGAGCUGCAGUUGUCACACUUUCCACAAUUCGGAGAGUUUCCUGAUGAAGAUAUAGACUACGAGGCCAUCAACGCAUUCCUUCACAGGACUUUUCCAAAAGGUGUGCACGGAAAUUGGAGGAAUAAAUCCGAGACGAGUGAAGAGAUGUUUUAUAAAACAUUGAUAGCUCUACUACCCGGAACAAAGAACAUUGAUCUACUUCACCACGCACUCUACGAAACUUUUCCCAGCUAUGGCGGACUCAAAGAUAUUCAUGAAACGUUUGAUCGACUGCAUAAGAAGUACUCAAACGGGAAGGAUAAUUUGGAAAUAUUGAAAGUAUUGGAUUCGUUGAAAGAUUCAAUGAAGACUGAAUUACUCCCCUACUCUAAGAAGUUUCCUUUUGACGUCAAGUAUCCCGACACUCGAAAAAACUACAUUGUGCGGUACAUCAAAAUUGGUGAGAAAGAGUGCUCGGAGAACUGUUAUCUGAAUGAUUAUGAGGUGAUAACACGAAUGGAAGAAUUCCUUGAAGAAACCGAUUCGAAGGAGCUAAAACUAUACAUCCUCAAAUCAACCAAACGUCAGUUUUCUGAUUUUCUCAACAUGCUUCUGAUGCGAGACGAUAAAGGCGUCGUGAAGAACUUCUGUCAAACUGCAAAGCUUUUUCCCAAUGUCUCAUGCUCUUCUUGGUUCAAAAGUUUGCUCGAUUCCGCCAGUUACGCUGAUGCUAUGGGAUUCCAACAAAAAAGCUACGCCAACAGAAUGGAAAACUUUCGACAUGCUCAAAAGGAAGACAAAAAGAAAAGAAGGGAAAAGAAUAAGGGCAAGGACAAAAAAUACGAAGAUUACACAACUCUAUGUGAUCAUCUUGGUCCUUGUGGGCCAGGGGUUCGAAAUUGUCCAUGCAAACGCUUCUGUACAGUCUUCUGCAACUGCGACUUCAAUUGUAACCGAAAGUUCCCAGGUUGCGAGUGCCCGCCGGGCAUGUGUCAGACCCAACAGUGUCCAUGCUUUGAAAUCGAUUUCGAGUGUUCAGAAUUAACUUGUAGACAGUGCGUUGAAGAUGAUACACUGGAACUUUCGUCAUGUGACAAUUACGAAAUGACAAAAGGAGGUUUGAAGAAAAUCCUUGUUGGAAAGUCGAAGAUUGCAGGCAAUGGUGCCUUCCUGCAAGAAGAUGAGGGAGAACGCCGCGGAAUUUUUCACCUGCUCAAUAUCAGUCUUGCCGAAUGUGGUGACGUUGAUGCUAUGCGAGCCGGAAAUGUACUUCGGUUCCUCAACAAUUCGGAUGAGCCAAACUGCUACAUAAAAUAUAAAUACGUCAAAGGAGAUCUACGAAUUGGUUUCUAUACGUUAAAAGCUAUGAAGACUGGCCAGGAGUUAUUCAUCAACUACCGCUACAGACCCGAAGCAGCUGCCAUGUUUUUCGGAGUUCCUCCAUUUGAUAGACUUCCUAGAAUUAAGAAAUAUAUUCCCACUAAGGAAGAAAAGAAGGAAAAUCAGACACAGAAACCGAAGAAAUAG